AGAGACAAAAAAAUUAAAAACGCAUGUCUCUUUUUAUCUUUGUCAAAUAUCUUGAGGAAUUUCACUAAUUUUACUGUGUAUUGUCGCCAAAUCAACAAAACUGUAUAUACUUCAAGAUGUCGGAACCAACAGCACCAGGGAGUCCGGCUAGCAAUCGUUUGAAAUCCUACAAGAAUAAAGCUCUAGAUUCACAAGAAAUGAGACGGAGGAGGGAGGAGGAGGGGAUACAACUACGUAAACAGAAACGAGAAGAACAGUUAAAUAAACGACGUAAUGUUCGGUCUACUCCUUUGGAUGAUGAUGAUUUAACUAACAACCUUCAAGAACCAUUUGUCUCAUCUUCUGAUGGGGUUACUGGUGGAAUUACCAGUGAGAUGGUGCAAGCUUUAUUAGGAGAAAACAUGGAACUACAGUUAGCUGCAACACAAAAAUUUAGAAAACUUUUAUCAAGAGAACCCAAUCCACCUAUAGACGAAGUAAUACAGACUGGUAUUGUUCCUAGAUUUGUGGAAUUCUUAAAAAAUGAACAGAACUGCACGUUACAGUUUGAAGCUGCAUGGGCAUUAACAAAUAUAGCAUCUGGCACUUCAUUUCAAACCAGAAUAGUCAUCGAAUCUGGCGCUGUGCCAAUAUUUAUCCAACUGUUAGGGUCUGAGUUCGAGGAUGUCCAAGAACAGGCUGUCUGGGCGCUAGGCAACAUAGCUGGUGACAGUCCUGAGUGCAGGGAUUAUGUUCUGGGGGAGGGAAUCUUACUUCCACUUUUACAAUUAUUUAAUAAAUCCAGUCGACUUUCGAUGACACGCAAUGCUGUGUGGUGCUUAUCAAAUUUAUGUAGAGGAAAAAAUCCUCCCCCUGAGUUUGGUAAAGUCACCCCUGCAUUACCAGUACUAGCACGAUUAUUGUUCCAUCAAGACGCAGAUAUCUUGGCUGAUGCAUGCUGGGCUUUAUCAUACUUAUCUGACGGACCCAACGAGAAAAUCCAGGCUGUCAUUGAUAGCGGUGUUUGCAGACGAUUGGUCGAGUUACUCAUGCACAAUCAGCAGAGUGUUGUGUCAGCUGCCUUACGUGCUGUGGGAAAUAUUGUAACAGGAGAUGAUAUUCAAACCCAAGUUGUACUGAACUGCACAGUUCUGCCAUGCUUACUGCAUCUACUAUCAAGUGUUAAGGAGUCCAUUAAGAAAGAGGCGUGUUGGACAAUAUCUAAUGUUACCGCUGGCAACAGAGCACAGAUACAGGCUGUUAUAGAUGCUAACAUAUUCCCAGUGCUGAUAGAUAUUUUGGGUAAAGCAGAGUUUAAGACCAGGAAAGAAGCUGCUUGGGCCAUCACCAAUGCCACAUCUGGGGGAACUCCUGAACAAAUAAGAUUUCUAGUAGACCAAGGUUGUAUCCCUCCACUUUGUGACCUUCUAACUGUGAUGGACCAUAAAAUAGUCCAGGUUGCCCUGAAUGGCCUAGAGAACAUACUACGAUUAGGAGAGCAGGACCAGAGGGCCCAUGGUACAAGCAAUGCUUAUGCUCUAAAGAUUGAAGAAUGUUAUGGUCUCGACAAAAUAGAAUUCUUGCAGAGCCAUGAGAAUCAGGAAAUUUAUCAAAAAUCUUUUGAAAUUAUUGAACGAUAUUUUGGCACGGAAGAAGAGGAUAAAGAAAUCGCUCCUGAUGUAGACGCUAAUGCACAGCAAUAUCAGUUUAAUGUUGCGGAGAAUAAUCCUCCCGCUGGUGGAUUCCAGCUAUAGUGAUGCCAUCUAUCUUGUUUUGCUUAACAUAGUUGUUGAAAAGCCAGUGUUCAUGAAAUGUAAAGAAACGGAGCUGAAAAUCAUGUUUUAAGAAUAAAUGGAAUCAGCAUAUAAUAAAGGAAAUAAACAUGAUAUUGGUUCUGUAAUACGUUCAUUGGAUUUCCUGGAAGAUUUAAAUGACCACUGUGAGGUUAGUGGCAUUAUGUUUCAUGCCCGGAUCUACCAGCUCUCCUACCUUAGAUUUUCAUUAGAAAAUACAGCAAAAAAGUAUCGGAGCUGAAAACUACCUGAACCAGUUACUGCAGAAAUGGUGAAGGGUCAGAAAUAUUGGAUUUAUUAAGUUCAUGAAUUUGACCUUUAUAUAGAUUGCUGUUUGCCAAAAUGCUUUGAUUGUAUGAUUCUCUACCUAUAGGUACACAAGGUAUUCAAAUAGGUUUUAGAUGAACAAGGUAUUCAUUUAUAUUUUGUCUAGGCCUACAUGUAAAUACUCAAUCUUGAAAAUUUUGUAGUUCUUUGUUUGGAAGCUUUAUAACCCUACUGAUGUAUUACUCUCUAUGUUCCCCCUGAAUACACGUUUGAUAACUACAAGUUUGGAUCUGUAUCAUGUACACCUUACCAAGUAGGAGAACUUCUUUGUAUGUUCCACCUUAUGACAUAUGUCAGGCCCGAAGCCAGGAUUUGCCAAGGGGGGUUCACUUUUUGAAAAAUUCCAGGGGGGGUUCACUUUUGACAAUUUUGGUC